CUAUGGUGUAUCUAUGGAUUGAGCCAGAGCUGAUUGCUCGCGUAUGUACGCAGCAAGCCCCUGUGAGAUCGCGAGUGGGCAUCAUGGCAGUUGCAGCUAAUGUUGGAGAGCCUGAUCUUUGUCAGAGUUGCGGAGAGGACCUUGAUGAUCAUACUCUUCUGUUUAUUGAGCUAGCUGAGAUCUGCUUGCAGCCACUCCCACCUUGAGCAUGUGGUGGGUAAAUAAACAAGCCACCCACAUGUCUGUCAGCUUCUCCAUGAUUCAGGACAAAAUAUACAUGUACGUACAUGUAUAUGCCAUCACUGAGCACAACCCAACAUCAGCAGGAGAGCCCAAAACCGAAAUUCCAGUAGAUCUGUGCCAUUUUGAGCUGUUAAUUAAACCUGGAAAUGGUAAAGAGUCAUUUUUCAUGAAGUGAGAGCCGGCCAAGUACGGGCCAAUAGCGAAAUUCAAGACUCCUGGCUUAGAACAAGUGGAUGGUGUUUGCAAAUGGACCAGAGGCAACUGAAGCAAUGUUCAAAGCAGAAGGACAGUGUCCUUCUCGUGAGUACUGGAAGAAAAUCCGUUCUGUAAUUAGUGAUCCCCAAGAGGGUUGGUAACCUCACUUCUCACUCCAGUUCUUUGUAAUAUAACAGACGACCUCCUCGAUCCUAGUGUAUUUGGAAGAAGUCUCCAAACUAUUUUUCUAAUUACACCAAGUGGGCAUUUCAAAAUACCACAUAUUUUGAGAACAUGAAGUCGUACAGCAAAAGCAAUGUUACCAAUCAGGCGUUCAUACAGCUGCUUGACUGGAUUUCAUACGUAUACAGGCAAGCAGAUAAUGGAGAGGAAGGUGGUUGCUCUGAGUGAGGACAUAGCGAGGGGUGUAGUGGAUGAGAUGAGGGCUGUGGGGAUUCUGGAGCAGUGGCUCAUUGAAGGGAAGUUUGAACCAGAGGAUGCUGUCACUCAGGCUUGUGACUUCUCUCUGCUGGUUUAGAUACGACAAAGAACAGUGUUACAUUCAUAAACUUGCCAAGCAAUCAGCACUACAAGACCAACUGUGUGCUGAGAUCAAGACUGCUCUUGGUAACAAGGUCAAUAUACAUCCUGCAUGGGAGGACUUACAAAACAUCGCCCUUGUCCGCUACUGCAUGUGAUGCAUGCCUCAAGGAGACCCUCAGAAUGUAUCCACCUGUAUAUAGAAGCAAUAAGAUGCUGUGCAUGAUGAAUGGCCAGCAGGAGUGAGUUAGUCAUUGAGACCUUGGUAGUUACGAGCCAACGUCUAUAAUGACCUGUACAAUGAAGACUACUCAGUUUGGAUAAGUUCAUUCCUGAAAUUAUAAAAACAAAGGACUCGAUUCAUUCGUUUGCCUCUCUACCCUAUGGGUUCAGGCAGAGAGGAUGCUAUGGGCGUCGUCUAGUUAGACUGGAGAUAUACAUCCUCCUCACUAAGCUCAUUCCCAGAUUCACCGUCUCCACUAACAAGGACUCCAUUAUACUCUGUUCCAAAGUAUCGUUCUUAGACCAGAUGAACCAUGCAUGCAGUCAUCAUGAUCAUAAUUAUGUCAAGGAGGGAUCUGAUGAAAACCAAUGAGGAUAGCAUAAUUAUUUAGCACUAUCACAUUUUCAGCUCUCAUUGUUUUGCAUUCAUGGUACAGAGAUUGCAUGACACUUAGCUCUAUUUAGACACUGUUUUGGAGGUAUCUAUGGGAUUUAGAAGCCCAAAGGCACUGAUUUAGUAUCCCGAGCGUAGCGAGGGUAGAUCUACUAAAGUGGCUGAGGGCUUCUAAAUUACAUGGACACUGACAAAACAGUGUCUAGAUACUAGUGUGCAUGCGCAAACCGCUUGACUACAAUACAAUUACUUGACAACGGAAUACUAGGUAUACUAAGUAAAUUUGCAGGUAUACUAAGUCCCAUAGUAUACCUGCUCUGAGGCACUUUUCCCAUGCACUUCCUAUGUAGAUCUUAUCAACUAGUGUCUAACACAAUAAAGUGUUUAAUGUGUUCACGAGGAUGAAGUAAUAAUAAAUACUCGAGGUUACGUAAUGCUUGAGCGUAGCGAGUGCAUUGAUACUCAACCGAGAGCAUUAUUGCAUUAUAUUCGAGUGCACCAAUUAAAACACUAAGUGUGUUAUAAAGGUUUUAUUGCUGUUUACGAAGCUGAAAACCCUGCUCAAGCAGCUCAUUUUGUGUCCAUAUACACACACAUCGUGCACACACACACACACUAACACACCAAUAAAUAUAUCCUGUGAGUUCACAAUUCAAUUGCUUGUGAACAGUUUUACCGAGAGACUCCUUUGUUCGUACAAAAUAAGUAUCAUAACUAUACAGCGGGUCACUCUAACUCCUGCUGCGCGCUGCGCACACACAGGGUAAUAAAUUAUUGGGUAGUCUACUGCAUGCUAAGAUACCAGUCCCUCCCACACAUUCUACCAAUGUUGUGGGAGGAGAUUAUUAAAGGGGUACACCCUACCCCCAAAAAUUCUUAAAAUUCCUUGGUUCACUGUUUCAGUCUACGACAGGGACUAAAACGUUAUUUAUAUUUUCGCAACUUUUUCUCAGAAGCAGAUACAAUGCUCUUGUGCCUAGCAUUGAUACCAGGUAUCGAGGCUAUCGUAAGAUAGUCUACCGUGAGUGGCUUGUUCUCGAGGUCAACACAAAGCUGGUUUCAAGGAGGUUUCUGUAAAUUAACCCAACUGAAAAAUAACGUUUUAAUUAUAUAGACACUAAAAACUCGGCUAAAAGUAGUCUGAAAAGAGGCUAACUAGAGUUAAGUGCUUCGCACCUCCUCUGCGUGUGACCUAAGACCUUUAAUCCCCCAAAAUAAACCCGGCCAGUGGCAGGCCAAAAACUUGUAUAAUUGUAAAACUGAGUCACAACACACCACAAAAGACUACACUAGCUAGAUCUAGAUCUAGAUCUAUAUACACCCUGUAUAGUGGCCUUGAUCACUAUUGACUAGGUCUAAUUGGUUUUUUGGGGUGCAAAAUUAUGACUUGAAAAUCCUGAAACAAGAUUAAUUAAUUUUGGUGUGGCCUAAUUAAUUAAUGCAUUCCUCGGAAAGUGUGUCUGAGCUACUCUACGUAGCUGGGAGCUAGCUGUAAAGCACUUUUUUAAUAGGCUCAGGCUCAAGACUACAAGUAAGAGAUCAUCUGAUGGCUGUGUCCAAGCUUACCAACAAGGUCUUCAAGUUUACUCCAGGAUGCAAAUGUCUAGGUCUAUUUUAUAACAUUGCACCACUGAGCACAACUGUGGCACAUAAGCAACAUCAGGGCCCAAAGCCUUUCUCUGAAAUUCCUGGAAACAGUGGCUGGCCCAUUAUUGGUGCCAUUGAGCUGUUAACCAAAAUUGGAAACGGAAAAGUUGGUAAAGAAUCAUUUUUUCAUGAAGUGAGAGCCAAGUAUGGGCCAAUAGCGAAAUUCAAGACUCCUGGCUUAGACAACAAGUGGAUGGUGUUUGCAAAUGGACCAGAGGCAACUGAAGCAAUGUUCAGAGCAGAAGGACAGUACCCUUCUCGUAAUGCUCUCCUCAGUCGCAUGGUUACAGAUUUGCACACGAUAAAUAAUUGGCCAUCGCCUAUGCUUUUUGCGGAUGGUGAGGACUGGAAGAGAAUCCGUUCGGCCAUUAGCAAGCAAGUGAUCCCCAAGAGGGUUGGUAACCUCACUCCAGUUCUGUGUGAUAUAACAGACGAUCUUCUUGCGUAUUUGGAAGAGGUAAUCUCCAAGAAAAAUGGUCAAAUUGAAGACAUUACACCACUCGUGACUAUGUGGGCAUUUCAAAACACUACAUAUUUUGUGUUUGGAGAGAACAUGAAUGUAUACGACACAAGCAAUGCUACGAAUCAGGCGUUCAUAGCUGCUGGACUGGAUUUCAUUGAUAGCCUAUACAGGCCAUAAUAAUGAAUCCACUUCCCAUCUACAAAUAUUAUCACACAAAAGCUUACAAGAGGUUCAUCCAAACAACCACACUCAUGCGUAAAUUAGGCAAGCAAAUAAUGGAGAGGAGGGUGGUUGCUCUGAGUGAGGACAUAGCGAGGGGUGUAGUGGAUGAGACGAGGGCCGUGGGGGUUCUGGAGCAGUGGCUCAUUGAAGGGAAGCUAGAACCAGAGGAUGCUCUCACUCAGGCUUGUGACUUUCUCUCUGCUGGGUUAGAUACGACAAAGAACAGUGUUACAUUCAUGCUGUAUGAGCUUGCCAAGCAGCCAGCACUGCAAGACCAACUGUGUACUGAGAUCAGGACUGCUCUUGGUGACAAGGUCAAUCCAUCCUGGGAGGACUUGCAAAACAUCCCCCUCGUCCGCUAUUGCCUCAAGGAGACCCUUAGAAUGUAUCCACCUGUAGAAAUGAAUGUACGCGACAUUAAAGAAGAUGCUGUGAUGAAUGGCUACCAAGUCCCGGCAGGGACUGUGGUAGUUACGAGCCAAGACUUAAUGACCCGUAAUGAAGACUACUUUGAUGAGCCGGAUAAGUUCAUUCCUGAGAGGUGGAAUAAGAACAAGGAAGAUUCGAUUCAUCCAUUUGCGUCUCUACCCUUUGGGUUCGGACAGAGAGGAUGCUAUGGGCGUCGUUUAGCUGAGCUGGAGAUAUACAUCCUCCUCACCAAGCUCAUCCCCAGAUUCACCCUCUCCACUGAUCAAGACUCCAUUGCUCUGUUUCAAAGUCUCAUUCUUAGACCAGACGAACCAGUCAUCAUCAAUGUCAAGGAGAGAUGCCUAGAACCAUGACAUUAAAAAUAAUAUUAUUUUGCUCCUAAAUUUUAAUGUUGUGCAUGGGCGGGUCUGGUUUCCCAGUGAAAAUGAGCUCCUCCCACCUGAAAUAACUUA